UGUAAUUUCCUGUAUGUGUAGCAAAACUCAAUACAGUCGACUUACGUCGUCACACACGGCACCGUGUGUUUUCCUGUAGCGUAUUCUCCCAAGAGCACCGUGUGCGUCAUUGUUCUUCGAAUCAUGAACAGCUUCGGACUCGGUGCACACGUAGGUAGCUAAAUAAGUUGCAUGUUAACCCUCUUCUGAUCCUCUCUUCAAAACCAAACUAACCCACGAGGCGUUGCACUUCCGAACUACUCCCGACCAGAACAAUUCGAUCACCGGCACCGCACGCCAAUUUGAUCGCCAUGGCACCUGAAACCGAUCACCACGGACGCGCCGAUCACGUCGUGCUGUUCCCCUUCAUGGCGCAGGGCCACCUCUCGCCGUUCCGCUGCCUUGCCGCCCUCGUGCGCCGCUGCCGCCCCGACGCCCGGGUAACCUUCGUCGCCACCUCCGGCACGGCCGACUCCAUCCGCGCCCACCUCGAAGACGAAGGCAUCUCCGUCCAUGCCCUCCCCUUCCGCCCUGCCGACGCCUCACAGCAGCUCAUCGACCUCUUCCUCGCCUCCGAGUCUCUCCGCCCAGCGUUCCACCAGUUCAUCGUCGAUCUCAGACGCUCCGACCCGCAUACUGACGUGCACGUCGUGGCGGACAUGUUCCUGGCCUGGACGGCGGACGUCGCCCGCGGCGACCCCGGCGUCACGCACUCCGUCCUGCUCACCACCGGCGGCUACGCCUCGGCGAUCUACUUCUCGCUCUGGAACAGCGUCCCGCUUGUCCGCAAGGACGACGAUGACGAGUGCUUCCGGCUGCCGAGCUUCCCGGGCAUCAGCGUCCACCGUUCGCAGAUCACCAAUCACCUCGCGGCGGCCGACGGCGGCGACGCGUGGUCCACCUUCAUCCGGAGGCAGAUCGCCGCCUUCUCCCGUGCCGACGCGCUGCUCGUCAACACCGCCGAGAAGCUGGAGCCCAAGGGAUUAAGCAUGCUCCGCCAAUGGCUCAACAAUGUCCCGAUGUUCCCAGUCGGGCCGCUGCUCCGGGCGGCAAGUUCGUCGUCCCUCGAGGAGACGACAUCGAGUAGCCCCGUCUUGGCGUGGCUCGACAAGCAACCGCCUGGCUCAGUGCUGUACGUGUCGUUCGGGUCGCUGUACACGAUCUCCACGUCGCAGACGACGGAGCUGGCAAUGGGGCUCGAGAAGAGCGGGCACAAGUUCGUGUGGGUGGUCCAGCCCGCCACCGACGUGAACGGCAGCGAGUCGCGGUCGUCCGGCCUUCCGGAUGGGUUCGCGCAGAGGAUGGAGGCGGCAGGGCGCGGGCUGGUGGUGCGGUGCUGGGCGCCACAGGUGGAGAUCUUGGCUCACCCGGCCACGGGCGGCUUCCUGACCCACUGCGGGUGGAACUCGGCGCAGGAGAGCCUCGCCUGCGGUGUGCCGAUGGUCGGCUGGUCGCUCUCGGCGGAGCAAUUCUACAACGCCAAGUUGCUAGUGGAGGAGAUGGGGGUGUGCGUCGAGCUGGCACGCGGUGCCGCGGCGGCCGUGACGAGGGACGAGGUGGCGGAAGCAGUGGAGAGGGUGCUCGGCGAGACGUCUAGAGUGAGGGCCGCAAUGAGACGGAAGGCCGCGAAGAUGAAGGAGGUGAUUGACGCCGCGACGGACGGCGACGGUGAGGAGUCGUCGCUGGGAGUGACGCGGAGGUUCUUGGACGCGAUGGCGCGUACGUCGUCGUGCUCUAGAAGCUAAAUGGGAUCGUAGUAGACGCCAUAGCCGGUCGGAUCGGCUGCAUUCGAUCAUGAGUUUUUUUCGUGUGUUAUCAGAUCAAGCUGUAUACUUGAGCUUAGAUUCAUAACUCGGGACAUGGCAACUGAGUGUAAAAUGGCUGCACCGGUGAGUUGAGUUAAAUCCAUAAAAUCACCACAAUUAUGUUGUCAUUAGUUAAAAAAUAUCAUCAUUUUGUGUGCUUA